AUGAUCCAUCCCGUUAAAAACAUUAAUGAUAUUUUAAAUUAUGCAAAUAACUUGCAAGAUCAUGGUUUUGAAAACCAAGAUCAUGAAUUAAUUCUCAACCCACCUUAUCAACUCACACUUAGUCUUGACUCACUACUUUUACUGGCUCGUAGAAAUCGUAAAAAUAAAAUUAAUAAGAUUCCUCGACCACAAAAUGCUUGGGUCUUAUUUAGAAAAGAUUAUGAAGCAAAUAAACGAAUUCAAUUUCCGGAUCAAAUAUUUAAAAUGAAGACAGUCUCUAUAAAUACUGGUGAUGAAUGGAAAAUUUAA